CCUUAAACUUGCUCCACCUUCGCUCCCUCCGUCUUCCCUCUUCCCCUCCCUCCCUCCCUCCCUCCCUCUCUCUGCUUAUCUCGUCCAGGUGCAUGGCUCAGUACAAGAGGACGGACUCCGAUCAAACUCUUUCUCAACCGUCGAUGGGAAGCUCUCGAGUUUUGCGGAGCCCUCGAUCGGGAGAUUUCUCUUUCGCUCUCGUACUCCCUCCUCACCCAACUCCAAGUGAAGGAGAGUCCGACUCCAGUUUGAAAUCUAGGCAGCCAGUUGCUGCUUAUGCUCCUGCUGGAAAGGCGGAUGGGAGCGUAAAGCCACCACCUCUCUCUGCAUUAGAGAAGAGCCGACAGGAUGCGUCACCGUGGGGGGGUGAUCCUCCCUCUGCUAUAUCCUCCUUGGGUAUUACACGUCGGAUCUCUGCUGACGUGGCUGAGCUUGAGGCAACAAUCGACCAGUUGCGCCACGAAAAGGACCGUCUGGAGCAUGCACUGCUUGCAGAGCGGUCUGUAUGUAAGCCUCUCGAGUUGAUGGUGAAUUGCAAGGGGCACGUUCCUGUGACAGAGAAGGUAGAGGAGCGAGGAGCUUCUGAUGAAGUGUGUUGUUCGGAAUGGGGGCAUGCUGUCGAUAGGAAGUCAGGGGCGGAUCGCCCUCUAUUGCGAGGGGGAUUGAGGGCAGUGGGCGAGCUCCCACCGCUGGGGACCGCGGCUGGUGCUGCGGAGACUAUGUGUGUGUCGACCGAGGAACGACUCGGAGGCCAAUGGAGAUCGUCAUCGGUAAUGACUAGUACAGCAAGUCAAAACAUUCUUGUCGGCGGCCACAGAUCGGAGAUCGGGCACGCCAUCACGAUCGAAGAAUUUUUGCAGCUGCAGGAGGACGCCACGGAGUCGAGGAAGGAGAAUGUCCAUCUCCGGGAGCAGGUAGAGGAAGGGAACGUGCUGGUCAGACAGCAGGAGCAGGAGAUGGAAGAGCUUAGGGGCCAGAUUGCGGAAAUCAGGGCGCAAUGGGAGAGAGAGCGUGUCAAGUUGGGGUCAUUGGUCACUGAUCUAGAACAGAAAAUCACGGAAGAGAAGAGGCGAUCGCGGGAGAGGGACAAAGUUCUCAUGCAGCGCCUGUCUGCCCAGCAUUCUCGGACGGAGUCGGAGAUCUCGGCACUCUGCAUGGAGUUAGACUCUGCUCAAACAUACGCAAAGGAGGCCCAGGCUAAGCUCGAGUAUGUCUCAAGGAUCGCUGAAGCAGAGAAAGAGUCGGUGCAACGGCUGCAGACCGAGCUGAGUGAAAUUCAGGAGAGCAUGGUGGAGAAGGAGCUCCUUCUUCAACAGGAGAAUACUGUGCUGCGGUGUGAGCUUGCAGAGCUGCAGGGAAGUCUGGCCCUGGGUCGACUGCCUGACGAAGAAAAUCUCGAGGCAGGAAGUUGCGCCAGGAAUAACGAGAAGCGCAUGUUGCAAGUGGAAGUCGCUGAAGCGCUGCGAGACAGUAUCGGCCGCAUGAAGUCGUUGAUGAAGGCAAUGAGGCACGAGCAGGCGAUCAAUGGUCGAUUGAACGCAAAAGUGAAGGAACUUCUGAUUCAAGUUCAGUCAGGCGCACGCAAGAAAGGCAGAGCUCGCCCACUUUCCGCUAGGUUGGAAUUGCGACCCAACGACAGUAGUAACUGUUGCAAAGCGUUCGCAUAGCCAAGCACAGAGGAGGAAGAGUACUACAACGCUGAUUGGAUUUUGAAUCUGCACCCUGACGGUCCAUGUAUAUGACCCUCAUUUCAGUCAGAUACAUCCAGGAGAGUCUACUGCAGGUGGUUGUUCGCGAAGCAGAUUUCCAUAAGACACGGGUCCGGAACAGACAGGUGAUCCUUAUGGAGGUGAAGACUGGAGGGGAUCCAUGUAUACGACCCGCAUUUCUGUCAGAUACAUCCAGAAAAUUCCACAGGCGGACAAACUUACAUCCACUUCAGGCUGUCAGAUGGCGCUGGUCGUCCGCAUCCAUCGGUCAGGGGUGAUGCUCUCCAGCAGGUGGCAGCAAUGUGGAUGCGAAACGCGGCCUAUUUGCACCAAGCUUUUCCUUGAUGCAUAUGGUCGAGAUGAGGGUCAGAUGCAGUCCGUAAAGUUCCACAAAGUCCACCAGGAGUCACUUUCGUUCAUGCAUAUGGUCAAAAUGAGGGUCAGGUGCGGUCCAUAAAGUUCUAGCGUUAAUUUGUGCCCUCUGUCAGCAGUGUCAGGUGUUAAUUUGUGCCCUCUGUCAGCAGUGUCAGGUGUCUACUACCUGGUACUCGCGGAUGUCAAUCCGCCAAAAGGGGAACCAAAGGGCCCGCUACACUGCAUAACAUUUUUUCUAAAUGUAUUCAGAGCUAAUUGUGGCCCGGUACAUUCGAAAUCAUGUUUGAUUCCGUUCGAAUGUAUCUGGUUGAUGUGCAGUCUAGAUACGUUUCGAAUGUUGAGUAGCGGAGUCAGGCCCACAAUAUGGACGACCAAAUGUGGUUAAAUGGGAUAAAGUGCGCUUCAACGG